UUUAUUUUUCUCUCUUAUACAAAUACACAUACUUUUUUUUGGUAAAAAACAUAGUUCAAAGUUGUAAAGCAAUUCCUAGUGUUUCUUACAACUUAUGAGAGACCACAUUGCUCACAGAAUGCACUGUUCAUUUUCUCUCACUCUUUCACUCCUGCUCUUGCUUUCACUUCUUACCAUAUCUUCCACCACUCAACAACAUGGUAAGAAGAAUUUGCAGCCAAACAGCAUGGAACCAUCUGAGCUAGAGACCCUGUUCAAGAUCAUGGACAGCAUGUCCUCUGAUCAAACAUGGAGAGUCUCCUAUCCAAACCCUUGUAAGCCUGGCUCUUCAUGGAUGGGGAUAGAAUGCAAAGCUGGAAACGACAGUCACCUUCAUGUCACUAGACUUGACUUUGGCUCACCACCAAGCCCAUCAUGCAAGAUGAAUUCAAUUUUUCCUUCACUAAUAUUUCAUCUUCCUUAUCUUCAGUCUGCUAUCUUCUCCCAGUGCUUCACUCAUACAAAAACCACACUCACCAUCUCACUAGACAAAUUCUUCAGCUCCAAACUACAGCAGCUCAGCCUGCGCUCUAAUCCGGCCUUGAUCGGCUCAAUCCCGCCUCAGAUAUCUACCUUAAAGUCUCUUCAAACCCUUACAUUGUCACAAAAUCGCCUCACAGGUCCAAUUCCUAAAGAAAUUUGCGGCUUGACUUCUCUCCAACACCUUGAUUUGAGCUAUAACUUUCUGUCUGGGACAAUUCCAAACCAGUUGGGCAGUCUUAAAAACCUUGUAGUUCUUGAUCUGAGCUACAAUUCACUUACUAAACUGAUCCCAGGUACAAUUGGCCAAAUGGGUAUGCUCCAGAAACUAGACUUGAGCUCAAACUUGCUCACAGGAAGCCUCCCAAACAGCAUUCAAAAGCUCAAUUCACUAGUUUUUAUGGCUCUGAGCAACAACAGAUUGAAGGGGAAAAUCCCAAAAGGCUUAGCAAAGUUGCAAAGCUUGCAGUACUUCAUAAUGGAUGACAAUCCAAUGUUCAUACCACUUCCGGCAGAGUUCGGUGCCUUGCAUAGACUACAAGAGCUCAGGCUUGCCAAUUCUGGCUAUUCAGGCACAAUACCACCCAUCUUUUCACAGCUACAAAAUUUAAGCACUCUGUCACUGCAAAACAACCGCUUAGUGGGCUCAAUCCCAGUUGGUUUUGGCAAUCUUUCACAUAUAUAUCACUUGAAUUUGAGCAGAAACUUAUUAGGUGGUGAGGUUCCUUUUACAUCAACUUUCUUUCAAAGGCUUGGUAAGAAUUUGGAUCUCAGUGGCAAUCAAGGGCUGUGUCUGAGUCCAUCUGAAGCAUAUGGUGUCAAGAAAAUUGGGGUCAAUAUAUGUGGAAUCAACAAAACCACUUCUUUGAGCAAGCCAUUGAAGCACUCUGAAGCUCCCUCACUUGGCAUCACCAAAUUAUUCUUUCUUGUCAAUGUUUUCUUUAUUUUGUUUUUGCAGCAGAUAUUAUUUUAAAUCAUGCAAUUCCACUUGUUGACUAUCUCUUUAAAUUAGCACUCUGAAGCUCCCUCAGUGGUCAUUUGUCACCACUUAUAUUCUUGUCUCCAGCA